AUGUUGAAGUUGUGGCUCGGGCUCGCGCCAACGGCUGAUUCAUCGGCUUUAUUCAGGGAUCAUAAUAGUUUUGGGAUGAAUCUAAAAAGACCAUCGGAGCUCUAUAAACACCUAAGAGUUUCCAAGAGACAUAUCCUGGGGAAAUCCCAUGAUGACGUCGUUACAUCACUUCCAAAAGACAAAGAUGCCCCAGAGCUAGAGUCACGACUUCAAUUCCAUAAACAAUUUAUGAUCGGAGCGCAAAAUAACAGAGUAGGGUUGGGAUCUAGAAAGAAAGUCCAAAAUAUCGAUAUAUUGAAGUCUUUUAUUCGGCAAGACGAGAACGAUAAAUACAAGAUCCAUGCAAUGAGUUUAGAAAUGCAGAACGAGUGGUUAGACAUAGGAGAUUUUUGCAUUCCACUAGCACUAAAAUGGCGCACCCUAAUUCAUGACUGGUCGCCAGCCUUGCUAAAAUUUUAUCUUAAUGCGUUCCAGAUGACUCUCCCAGAUCAGAGUAAUUUAGUAAGAUGGGGUAAAGGUACCGAAAAAACUUGCUAUAUCUGUGGAAAGGCAGUUGGAACUGCUAAGCAUUUGCUGGUGGGAUGUAAGGUUCUUCUGGACAGCGGUCAAUACUCGCAUCGUCACGAUAGAGUUCUUGAGAUCAUACGUGAAGCGGUUAGUCUCUCGGUAGCCAGAGCGCAAAGGGAAAUAACCACAAACGAGCGAUCAAUAGGUUUUGUGAGAGAGGGCACUAGGGCUAUAAAAUCAAACGUCAAGCCUUACUCUAUCCUUAAAGCGGCUUCGGAUUGGACUAUCAUGAUGGAUACGUAUGAGAAACAAUACAAAAUCCCCGAGGAUAUUUGUGCGUCGGCCUCCAGACCAGACAUAUUUCUAUAUUCGCGUAUUUUAAAGCGCGUUGUGAUGAUAGAGCUUACGGUGCCUUGGGAAACCAACAUCCCCAAAGACCAUACCAUCAAGGUCAAUAAGUAUUACGAGCUCACUAACGAACCAACUCGAAAUAGGUUCGUCGUUGAUUUGUACGCGGUAGAGGUGGGAGCGAGAGGUAUAACAGCUAAAUCUCUCUAUAACCUACUAAAAGACUUGGGCCUGUCCAGAACUAACAUUGAUUCAUUCUUGGAACUUACGUCGAAGGCCGCCCUAGUAGGUUGUUUUCAAAUUUGGUUAGGUAGAGAGAGGAGCUUGGACAGUGAAGGUGAGCGUAUAACGCGCUUUAAAUGA